AUGCUUGCAUCGGGUUCGUCGCCCAGGCCUAAGCGCUCCCUAGAGCGCGAUGAAGACGGUCACUUGCGCUUUCAGGGCUGCUCCUCUAUUCGCGAAUUCGAGUUCUUAGGGAAACUGGGUGAAGGAACCUUCGGUGAGGUUUACAAAGCCAGAUCCAAACGAGCCGGCUCGUUAGUCGCCUUAAAGAAAAUAUUAAUGCACAAUGAGAAAGAUGGGGUGGGUUCAAUCUGGGAAUACAGCUGGCGCAUGCACACUGCUGACCCCAACAUUGGCUUAGUUUCCAAUCACUGCCCUACGAGAGAUCAAACUUCUCAAGAUACUAUCACAUCCAAACAUAUUACAGCUUCAAGAAAUGGCAGUGGAACGGAGCCGAGGUGUGUUGCUUCUCGUGCGCUACUUUAG